GUCGCGGUGCCGGUGUCAGGAAGUGUGGGUCAGUGUCAGCCAGGUGAACAGGUUAUGCAAGGAGCCAGUGAACGCCGCCCACCAGGUGUGAACGGAGGCUGACUCACAUUUUCGGCACCGAGGAGUCGACUCUCCCAGCGGCUCUUCACUCCGACACACUGCGGGGACGUUUCGGUUCAUGACUCCCUUUAAUAAAAGUACAUGAAGGGACUUUCACAGAGGAACUAACCGUGCUGGAGUUGAGGCAGAACCAAUGUUGUGUCCCAUGUCUCGGAUAUGGGCUGUGCUUCUCCUGGGAGGACUCCUGGCUCCAGGGCUGCGACCUGUCAGUGGGAUAGAUAUUUCCACUCCGAGUUCAGUAGAAGCAGUCAAUGGGACGAACGUGAAACUGAAGUGCACCUUCAGUUCCAAAUAUCCAGUGUCUCCUCAGUCCGUCACAGUGUCCUGGAACUUCAGACCCCUUAAUUCAGGAAGUGAUGAGUCGGUGUUUUACUAUCAUGAGGCACCGUACCCUCCUCAGACAGGACGUUUUAAAGGCCAUGCAGUUUGGUCGGGAGACAUUAUGAGGCGAGAUGCUUCCAUCACCCUGCAAGAGGUGCCUCCGACCUUUAAUGGUACCUUUGUCUGCCAGGUGCGCAAUCGUCCGGACGUACACGGCAACAGUGGAGAGAUCGACUUCAGAGUUGUCAACAAAGUGUCCCUCUCUGAGAUCGGCAUCCUGGCGGCCGCCGUGGGAGGUGCCUGUGGGAUAAUAAUUGUCCUCCUUGGAAUCUUCGUGGCGGUGAGGUACUGCAAGAAAAGUCGCAUGGCCAAUGAUAUCGAGCUGCAUUCACAAGAGCAGGAGUGGAAGGACCCAACUGUGUGUUUACCUGAAGAGGCAGUUCAUCUGAAAAUUGUGGAGAAGGAAAAAGAAGCUGAGAGUUCAGACGAUGAAGAGUCUGAGCCCAGCAGUGGAGAUGAUGAGGAGGAGGAAGGCCUUGACGGUGACGGUGACGACGACGACGAUGAUGACGAUGACGAUGAUGGUGGUGAUGAUGAUGAUGAUUAGAUAGACACUCAUUUGAGUAGAAUUAUCUUUUUCGUUAUUCAUCAACAUUUUUAAAUCUUCGUAUUACAUUUGUGGAACAUACGAUGAUAGAUUUAUUGUGCUUUUUCAGAUUUCAGUGCAUUGUGGUCACUGAUUUACAGCAUACAUUACAGUAAAUGUUGAAUUACUUUGCCAAGUUAGCAUUGUGCUCCUAUAUUGUGGACUCACAGCUACAAAAAAGCAUUAAAACUGAUAUUGCAGAGCCAGA